AUGCUUGUAGCCUUUGCUAUGCUUAAUGAAUCAAGGCAACACCACCGUCGUCGUGCCCAGAAUGUGGAUAGACGUAGGCAGUCUCGUGAGCAAAAACUUACAGCUGCUUUGCGGAUGCUUGCUUAUGGGGCAUCUGCAGAGCAGGUGGAUGAGAUUGCAAGGAUGGGAAAAUCAACUAUCCUAGAAUGCUUGGUGGGAUUUUGUGAUGCAGUAGAAAAUCUCUACACGAGGGAGUACCUUUGCAGACCUUCUCCUGCGGACCUACAAAGGCUCCUAAAAAAAGCUGAUACUCGAGGUUUCCCAGGAAUGAUUGGAAGUAUCGAUUGCAUACACUGGCAGUGGAAGAAUUGCCCAACUGCCUGGCAAGGAGACUAUGGGAAUCGAAAGGGCCAAAAAAGUAUAAUUCUGGAGGCUGUAGCUUCAUUCGACACUUGGGUUUGGCAUGCAUUCUUCGGAGUUGCCGGAUCUCAGAAUGACCUCAAUAUGCUUGGUCAAUUCCCAGUAUUCAACGAUGUAUUGCGAGGUCAUUCCCCCUAG